UAUUUAUUUUUGUUUUCAUGUCCUUCCUUCCUCCGGUACCGAAGGAUACAGUUGUUAUGUAUUUCUAACAAUCACGCCGAAAGAAUCCAAUUAAAGUUGAUAAUUUUCGUGUGUUUAGUACUCUCAAGGUCAAUAAAUUAUGGUCAGAAAAUGGGUGAAUAAAUUAUUGCCAGCAGCUGGUGGUGGAGUAAACAUUCCGACAAUUCAAAAAUCCAUCCGCCUUGCUCUGAAGGGAUGUACGAACAGACCGUUUUUUCACAUCAACGUGCACACCAAAACAGACAGAAUGAAACAGCAACCAAUAGAGCAACUUGGAAGCUAUGAUCCAAUGCCGAACAUGUUCAACGAGAAACUAGUUUCCAUCAACUAUGAUCGUGUCAAGUACUGGAUAGCUGAUGGUGGUCGAACGUCCAGGCCUGCUGCGGAAUUAUUUGGGUUAGCUGGUUUCUUCCCUGUUCAUCCCAGAACGUACAUGACGGCUUGGAGAAGGCGCAAAUCGUUAAUUAAAUUGUAUGAGCAAAGUUUGAAAGCAAAAGAGACGCAACCAGAAGAAAAAGAGGAAAAGUCCUAAAGGAGCAGAAGUUAUUGUUUUAUAUGGUAAGGUAAUAGUUUGAAUAUAGUUUUUGUUCUAUUUUGUCUGUAAAUAUAUCUUUGUUUUUUUAUUCCAA